ACUUCGGAACUAGUGAUAUAUAUACCUAUUUUUCAUUCCGCUGUGUCGAGAGCACGCUCUCCCUAACGCAUUCUUUCAAAUCACCAACAUGUCGAAGAGAGGACGUGGUGGCUCGGCUGGAGCCAAAUUCAGGAUAUCUCUGGGUUUACCGGUUGGUGCAGUCAUCAAUUGUGCUGACAAUACUGGUAAGUAUGUGAAAAAAAAUAAUAGAGGGAAGAAAAAACACAUGUGUGUAAUACUUAACCUAAACUUGACUCGAACGUGUUCAUGCACAUGAAAACUUUCCAUUGCG